AUGAACACGAUUCGAAUCGCCAGAGUCGCCGUGAGCGCGCCCAGGUGGUCCGCUACUUCCUCGCGCGGAGCGAAGACCAAAGCCCGUCCACAGCAGAGCUAUAACCCCCCAGCACAAAGGCGGACCAACCCGCACCUGGAAAGACUCACGGCCGAACAACAACAACAACAACCAAAAGGCGGCAUCUCACCCCGAGUCCUGACCGCAUUCGCGGCAGGAAUCCUAGGCAUCGGCCUGUACUGCGGCUUGUUAUACACGUCUUAUAAAAAAGAAGUUGCCAAGUCACAGUCCCUUGACAUCCCGCAAGAUGUCUCAGACAGAUACAAUGACACGGCAUCAGGCUUCGACGCCGACGUGGAAACGUCCGAAAAAGUGAUGCGCAUAGGCGCAAAACGCAAAGCCCUCCUCCAACUGGCGCGCGGCAACACCCUCGAAGUAAGCUGCGGCACGGGCCGGAACCUCGAGUUCUACGAACUGGGCGAGCGGCGCGGCGUCGAUGAUAAGGGCCAUGCCCAGGUCAGCGGCUGUCGGAGUGUGACAUUUGUCGACCUCAGCCCUCAGAUGGUGGAAAUCACCCGCCGGAAAUUCGAAUCCCUGUAUCCGGAUUUCCGCUUCGCGACCUUCCGCGCUCAGGAUGCUGGCGCCGUGCAGCCGCCGGCUACGCCUGCAAUGCCUUACUAUGAUACCAUCGUGCAGACGAUGGGCUUGUGCUCGAUGCCGGAUCCCGUGGCGACGCUGCGCCAUUUGGGAUCUAUCACUGAGCCGCGCCAUGGUCGGAUCCUGCUGCUGGAGCAUGGCCGCUCGCACUACGACUGGGUGAACCGCAUUUUGGACAAUCUUGCAGCGGCGCAUGCGGAUCGCCAUGGUUGUUGGUGGAAUCGUGAUAUUGGGGAGAUCAUUCGUGAGAGUGGGUUAGAGGUCGUUGAAGAAAAGCGGUAUCAUCUUGGAACGACGUAUCGAUAUGUACUAAGGCCGAAGUCUUAG